ACCAGCAGGCAGUUUACCGCGAUGGCAGGAACCCCACCUUUUGGUGUUCUAUUGGGGUACUUUACUUCCAAAUCAACCAAUUCCGUGACGCCCUUGAUGCAUACUCCCGUGCCAUCCGCAUCAACCACUGGUGGUCAGCUGCCUGCUGCAUCAGGUCCUCAGGAUGUGCACCCAACCGCAUAUGCCAGCACCGUGUCAAGUGGCCCGCCUAGCGGCGACAACCUUCACUUGCCCCCUCCUGCACCUGCUCCUGCAUCUAGAUCAUCACCUGGUCCGUUCCGAGGUGGUCCUCCACCACCUGUAGUGCUGGAUGAGAGUCGUCACAUGCCUUCACAUACACCUCUCGCACUUAUGGACGUCGAUCGUCCACCCAUACUCGUGACUCUGGUCCUCCUCUCCUGCUACAAUCGACGUCUACUCGUCCCCCAAUCUUCCGGCCUCAGUCAAGCAGCUCGAAUAUGGCCAUACCCUUUCCGACUACAACAUUCAGACCGCCCUCGUCUCCCCCCUUGCCAAUGGCGUCACUCAUCUUCUAGUAAUGCAGCUGAUGCUGACCCCCAUGACCUCCAAACCCCGAUACCGGGUAACCGUUUCCUGGUCUCCCUCCCUGGUGGUAAGUCGUUUUUUUAG